AGUAAGAGGGACUCAUCAGGGCUGAGAAAGGAGAAUGGCAGGGGAAACAGUGCUACAAGGAUGUCCUUUGUGUCCUGACCAUGCAGAAGGAGACAGAAGCCCCAGGAUUGGUGGUUCCCAGAGGCAGAGCCCACUCCUGGAGGUGACUCACACUCAGUGUUGUCAUUUGAUCCUUAGCUGUCUGUAUGUCUGGUGCCCUGUGACCCAGUCUCUUUAUGGUGCUCCGGAGCAGCAUUCCUUUCUGUCCCCCCUUGUUCUUCUCCACGCUUCCCAACGACCAGGUACACACCCACUUGCCAUCUCCCUGUUAACCCUACCUUCCCAGUUAGUGCCUGAGUACACAGAAGUGACAUCUCUCCAGGUCAUCAGAAUUCUUGUCAAUCCCUCUGAGUCAGCAAACUGCCUGGGUUAGAAGUCUGGGACUUCUCUGGGACUCAGAACCCAGUGCCCAGAAUCUGAGCCACAUCAAGGCUGGUUGUUCUCCCUCUCCUCAUCUUGAGAGUUUGGCUUGUGCAUGACAGGCCUGCCUGCCCACUUAGUUAGCCUUCCUUCCUUUCUUCCUAACUUCCUGAUGGCCUUCGAAGCCCCUAGACUUACCAUAUCACUACCAAAAGAAAAAAGAAAAAGAAAAAGCUGUAAGUGGGAAGUGACCCACUUUUGACCCCUGGUACAUGCAUCCCAGGUAGAUGCCUUGGUCCCUUGUCUUAUUGGAACUGAUUCUAGCUCAUCCAUGAGCUGAAGGAAGUCAGUCCUUUGACCCAAGCUUGGGACUGUGGUGUCCUGGCUACAUUAUCUCCCUUCUCACCCCUCCUCUAGAGGGUCCUUCAGGGGGCGGGCUCCCCACUGCCAGAGGAUAAAGCAUCCCCGACUCCGGAGCCAGCCAGCCAUGCCACAGCACUGUAUUUAUUGGCGGCUCCUCUUCACUCAGGCCCACGACAGGAGUUCAGACCCCCGCGAGAAAAGCCACCCGCUAUUGAUCCUUAGUCAGGUCUCCGGAGCCUGGCAGACAUUCAUCAAGGAGCCACAGCAUGGGGCUACAGCUCGCCCUUUCUUUCUUCUUCCUUUCUUCUACCCCCCAAGUCAUUCCCCCCCCCCCCGGGGGGGGGGGUCCGAGGGAGGCGGGUGAGGGGGCUUGCCGAGGUCACUCCAAGAGCUGCAGAGCGUCUGGAAGUGGAGUCGCAGGAUGCCUUUGUCUGCUGCCUCUUUUUGUAGAUCCUUAUCAAGGCAAGCACUGCGGGGUGGGGUGGGGUGGGGUGGGGUUGGCUGUGGGCCCCGGGCUUUUGAGCAAGUCUUUGGAAGUUAGAGAUGUGGAACUUGGAGCGAGUCAGGGAAAGCCCUUCUAACGAAGAUAGUGUGUGGAGUGCCGGCAUUUCUGUAGACUCCAAUACUAAAAAGAGGCUGCUAACCAAGAGGGCCUUGAGGGAUUUGAUUCCAGAGAAGAGAGCCUAGAAAUUAGCAAGUGAAAGGGGCCAGUUUGGACUGAUGAAUGGGUGCUUGAAAACAAUUUGUUUUCUUAAGUAUGUAAAUAUGCUAGUGAAGAGUAUUUACUUUUUGGGUUACCUUGGAAAACCCUGUAUCUUGAAUAUUAUUUCCAUCCUCAGGGUCCCACUCAGGAGCUUCUGAAGUGGGUCCCGAGGAGAACUAAGAGGUAGGAGGACGAGGAGGCAAAACAACGGGAAGCUGUCUUUAUAAUUUCUAAAGGAUUACCACCACCAAGUCCCUGCCCCUAAGGUGUAAACUUUGCUCAGUUCCAGCCUGAAUGUUCACUCAACCUGCAGGAAUGAUCUUUCUUAAUAUAUGUAUUUCAAAAUAUAUGUAUAUUUUAUUUAUAUAUGUAUAUUUCAUGUAUGAAUAUGUUUGCUUGCUUAUAUGUCCGUGUUCCACUUGUGUGUCUGGUGCCCUCGGACUAGAAGAGGGUGUUGAAUUUCCCUAAACCUGGAGUUUCAGAUGAUUGUGAGCUGCCACAUGGGUGCCAAGGAGAGAAUUCUGGCCCUCUGCAAGAGCAAGAAACCUCUUUUAACCACUGAGCCAUCUCUCCUGCCCCAGGACUAUCUUUGUAAAGUUAGUUCUUUCUGCUACUGUGUGUGUAAGCCCUUGGCCACUGAACAGGCCCUAUGAAUCAGA